AUCGAAUCCUCUUGUGUUUUCUCUUUCAACUUUGAUACCACUACUUUGCGAAACGUAGAGCGUUUUCAUCUUUGCGUCUCUUCAUCCAUCCAGCAGCAAACAUCGAACAGUCUUGAAGACUUAAAACCGCGGUUAUUUUACUUUCAGCUUUGAAAUAUUUUGUUCUGAUACCCCAUCCAUCAAGAUGUCCGGUCAGCAAAGCGAUAUCGUUGCCCUCGACGGUGUCGAAAAGCAGCAGCAGCAGGAACAGCCACAACAGCUCAACGUUGCCAAGACUCGUGGUAACUCCCGCCAAGACUCGCUCACCAUCCCUCUUUCUCCUUCUGUCGCCAACCACAACACCAUUGAGGUUCCGGCAACCAGGUCUCCCGAUGCCCACGCCGAUCUUUACAUGCACAACCUUUCCGCUUCCCCAUCCUUGAAGGAGCGCAGACUCUCCCGCAACUCGUUCGGCGCUUCGCUUCCCAUCCCCCGUUCUAAGCGCCAGUCUCGUCUCAGCAGCGUCACUUUCCCCGGCGGCGUCGCCGAGGCUCUCCAGGAAGCCAGCGGCGGCACCCUUCCUCUCAAGCCUACGCGCGAGUUCUUGGCCGACCGUGUUCAGGACAUCCACUCUGAGAAGGUCGAGAAGGUCAAGAACAUGAGCUUUGUCUUCGACAUUGAUGGUGUCCUUGUCCACGGUGAUCGUCUGAUCCCUGAGGGCAAGAAGGUCUUGGACAUGCUCAACGGCGAUAACGAGCUUGGCAUCAAGAUUCCCCACAUCUUCCUUACCAACGGCUCUGGUAAGCCCGAGCUUGCCCGUACCGAGCAGCUCUCCAAGAUCCUCCAGAACCCCAUCAGCACCGACCAGUUCAUCCAGUCCCACACCCCCAUGCGCGCCUUGGCCGAGUACUACAACACCGUCCUUGUUGUCGGUGGUGAGGGCUACAAGUGCCGCGAGGUUGCUGAGGAGUAUGGCUUCAAGGACAUUGUCGUCCCCAACGACAUUGUUGCCUGGGACCCUUCGAUCGCUCCCUACCGCGUCUUCACCGACGAGGAGCGCGCCACUUCCCGUCCCCGCGACUUCACCAAGACCAACAUCGAGGCCAUCAUGGUCUUCUCCGACUCCCGCGACUACGCUACCGACAUGCAAAUCAUUGUCGAUCUUCUCCGAUCUGAGAAUGGUCGCCUCGGCACUGUUGCCAAGGACCCUGUCUCGCAGCGCAUCCCCAUCUACUUCUCCCAGGGUGAUUUGCUCUGCCCUACCGAGCACCCUACUCCUCGUAUGAGCCAGGGCGCCUUCCGCAUUGGUCUUGAGGCCAUGUACAAGGCUCUUACCGGCGUCGACCUCGAGCGUGUUGUCUACGGCAAGCCUGAGAUGGCCACCUACAAGUACGCCGACGAGGUGAUUGCUUCCUGGAUGGAGCAGAUCCACGGCGAGGAGAAGAUUCCCCAGAACAUCUACAUGGUCGGUGACAACCCGGCUUCCGAUAUCGUCGGUGGUAACCUCUACGGCUGGAACACGUGCCUUGUCCGCACCGGUGUUUUCCAGGGUGGUGAGAACGACGAGGAGAACCCGGCCAACUUUGGCGUCUUCGCCAACGUCUGGGAGGCCGUCACUUCUGCGUGCCGCAAGGAGCUUGGUGAUGACUUCAAGUUCAAGUGGGAUGACCGUGUCAACCCUCUUAACAUCAACGCGUCUGCCAUUGAGUAAAUGGAAAAAAGAAAGCAGCAGGCAGCGCGUGUGGUUGUUUACAGCAUGAUCAUUGGUUAUUAGGGCAUUGAUUGGCUUGGAUAUAUAUACCUUCGCUUUGGCAGCGACAGCGGAAUCUCGGAAUUGGGAGAUAUCAUACCAUUUGGCGUUUAAAGGGUUUCACUUUUUGGUUUGGGACUUGGAUACCGCGAGGGUUGAUGAGCCCUUGUAGAGCGAGGAUGAGGAGGAGAGGAGGACGAGGAGGAUGUGACUAGGAGCAGGAUGAAAGAUGUUUCUUCUUUUUUCUCCUUUUCUCAUCAUUUCAAUUCUUUUCAUCUAGCUUUUUCACAUGUUGUUUGAUCUAGCAUUUAGACACUAGAGCUCAGCAUCUUUUUUUCCCCACUUUAGAUGUCAGUUGUUAGGAUACACAAAACAUCACAGUUUACAA